CACGAGAAGCCAAACAUUUUUGAACCAACAUUUCGUAGCUACAGAARCUAAAUCAAGAUGGCUCGUGGCAAGUUCAACAAACGUGGUGGCGGCAAACGCGUUGAUGCGAUAUCGGCAGCUGAAAUCGAACAGCGAAACCAACGUCUGGCGGAGUUUGAAGAAAAUCGCGCCAAGCGUCGUGCCGAGGCAGAAGAAGAGGAAGCUCAAGAUGGUGAUGCUGGUGAAGAAAAGGAAGAAAAGAAGUCUGGUCAAAAAGGUGAUGCCGGAAAGGAUUCAAAUGAACCCGUGCACGUGACUUCUCAGGAGCAACACAAUAAGAAUCUUGCCAAACUGGAAGAAGUUAAGAAGCGACGUGCUCUGGCAGAGGAAAGAAGAAAAGCGCAAGAAGAAAUUGAACUUGCCGCAGAAAUGGAAAGGAAGGCUAAAUUCAAGGAACAMGAAGCUGAAGCCGGCGGCGAUGAUGGAAAGAAGAAAAAGAAGAAGUCAAAGGAGAUGGACAUUCCCAAACUAUCAAAGAUUGAAAUCAAGAAAAUGAAGCCAGCUCAAAUGAAAGAAGGUGAGUAAAAAUUUAGAAUUCGGAAUAUGCGCACCGAACGCGAACAUCCCAUAAACGUAUUUUUCAACUUCUCAUCUCGUCGAUUGCUCUCAAAAUACACGGUCCUAUAGCUUUGAAAGAAAGAGGUCUCGCGAUUCAAGGCAACAAAAACGAACUCACUAAACGACUCGUGGAAUACGAAGAUAGCCGUUAAUUUCAAAAUAUGUUUGGAUUGCCAAUUUAAUGGUGUAACAACAACAUUCUUUCACUUAUUGAUGACGCAUUAGCUAAUUUCUCUACUAUCAAUAUGAUUAAUUACUCACAUCAUGAUGCUCCAUACGUACCCAAAACUUAGAAGGCAGCAGGUGUUCAUGAAUUUUCAGCUUUCUAUUACGCCUUUUGAAGCWUUAUUCAUCGGAUUCACCUUGGCGACGGAUCCACUCAGUUGCAAGCUUUGCUCCGAAACCAGUGGCGCCAAUUUGGUCAUCCC